CUGGUCAGGCGCUCCGUGGGCUUCUAUGAGGUCCUUCUGAUCGCCAUGUGGUGUUGGAUAAUUCUAGAAGAACGUCAGUGAGACUUCAUCACAAGCGUUACCUGAGCACAGGGCCUGAGAGUGACCCACCAGAGCUCAUUUAUUUGACAUUCAGUGGCUUUGCAAAGACCCGUUACUUAACGUUCAUUUAUAUUAGCUAUUAAGUACUUAAAGAUGUUGUCUGCGGCCAGAACAGCAGCGAGAAACAUGUCAUGCUCUCAGAAAACCUCCAGCAGUGUGUCUGGUCUCAUCAAGAAGGCUUGUUGGAAUGGAUUGACUCAACAAACUCUCCAGUCUUCAGCCAGACGUCAGUAUGCUUCGGAGGCGAUCCGAGGCGCUGUUAUCGGUAUUGAUCUGGGAACCACAAACUCCUGCGUGGCUGUGAUGGAGGGAAAACAAGCAAAGGUCCUGGAAAACGCAGAGGGUGCGAGGACGACCCCGUCAGUGGUGGCCUUCACAUCCGAAGGAGAGCGGCUCGUGGGAAUGCCGGCUAAACGUCAAGCGGUCACCAACCCCAACAAUACUCUCUACGCCACCAAACGUCUGAUUGGACGGCGCUAUGAUGACGCUGAAGUCCAGAAAGAUUUGAAAAAUGUGCCGUAUAAGAUCGUGCGUGCCUCUAAUGGAGACGCCUGGCUGGAAGCUCACGGCAAACUGUACUCGCCCAGUCAGGCCGGAGCCUUCAUCCUCAUGAAGAUGAAGGAGACCGCAGAGAGCUACUUGGGCCAUCCGGCGAAGAACGCUGUUAUUACAGUGCCGGCGUACUUCAACGACUCCCAGAGACAGGCGACUAAGGAUGCAGGACAGAUUGCCGGUUUGAAUGUGCUGCGUGUCAUCAAUGAGCCGACUGCUGCUGCUUUAGCCUAUGGACUGGAUAAGACUCAAGACAAAGUAAUUGCUGUGUAUGAUCUUGGCGGCGGGACGUUUGAUAUCUCGGUCUUGGAGAUCCAGAAGGGAGUUUUUGAGGUGAAAUCCACCAAUGGAGACACCUUCCUGGGUGGAGAAGAUUUUGAUCAGCACCUUCUCAAACAUAUAGUGAAGGAGUUCAAGAGAGAGUCUGGAGUGGAUCUGAUGAAAGACAACAUGGCUCUGCAGAGGGUGAGAGAGGCUGCGGAGAAAGCCAAGUGUGAACUGUCUUCCUCUCUUCAGACUGACAUCAACCUGCCCUACCUGACGAUGGACUCCUCUGGGCCCAAACACUUGAACAUGAAGCUCACGCGCUCCCAGUUCGAAAGCAUCGUGGCGGAUCUCAUCCGCAGGACGGUGUCUCCAUGCCAGAAGGCCAUGCAAGAUGCUGAAGUCUCCAAGAGUGACAUCGGAGAAGUGCUGCUGGUCGGGGGAAUGAGCCGAAUGCCAAAGGUCCAGCAGACGGUGCAGGAUCUGUUUGGUCGGGCUCCCAGUAAGUCCGUGAACCCGGAUGAAGCCGUGGCUAUCGGCGCUGCCAUCCAGGGAGGAGUUCUGGCCGGGGACGUGACGGACGUGCUCUUGUUGGACGUCACUCCUCUCUCCCUCGGCAUCGAGACUCUGGGAGGCGUCUUCACCAAACUCAUCAACAGAAACACAACCAUUCCUACCAAGAAAAGCCAGGUGUUCUCCACCGCUGCUGAUGGACAGACUCAAGUGGAGAUCAAGGUUUGUCAGGGAGAGCGAGAGAUGGCUGCGGACAACAAGACUCUGGGACAGUUCACCCUGGUCGGCAUCCCUCCUGCUCCUCGUGGCGUCCCACAGAUUGAAGUCACCUUCGAUAUCGACGCUAACGGGAUUGUGCACGUCUCCGCUAAAGACAAGGGUACCGGCCGAGAACAGCAGAUUGUCAUCCAGUCGUCUGGUGGCCUCAGCAAAGACGACAUAGAAAACAUGGUCAAGAACGCAGAGAAGUACGCCGAGGAGGACAGGAGGCGGAAGGAUCGUGUGGAAGCGGUGAACAUGGCCGAGGGUAUCGUUCACGACACCGAGUCAAAGAUGGAGGAGUUUAAGGAUCAGCUGCCAGCCGAUGAGUGUGCCAAACUGAAGGAGGAGAUUGUUAAAGUACAGGAGCUCCUGUCGCGGAAGGACGCGGAGACGGGAGAGAACAUCAAGCAAGCCGCCUCAAACCUGCAGCAAGCGUCACUCAAACUCUUUGAGAUGGCAUAUAAGAAGAUGGCGUCAGAGAGGGAAGGCAGCAGCGGCUCGAGCUCAGGAGGAGACAGCGGAGAGAAGAAGGAGGGCCAGCAGUAAAUCCUGUGAGCCUGGAGUUACUGUGGGACUGAACGUUUCUCUGAGCAGCGUACGCAAGAUCUUCUCACACAUACUGUGUUUUUGACAGUAAACUCUACAAAACAAUAUUACCAUGUCUCCUCCUCAUCCACCUCCCUUAAUGUCUAGAAGCUCCGAUUCAUUCGUGUCUGCUGAAAAUAAUCUGCAUCGAUCUUGAAGCAAUGUUGGAUUCAGCCUGAUGAUAGAUACACAUGCUCAUCGUAGACGCGAGCCUUCAGCCUUUCAGACGUGCAUUCCAGCCACCGGCCGCUGUGUUUUGUGUUGUGACGUCUUUAACGCUAUAUCUUUGUGUUUAGAAUAAUGUUUCAAAAACAUUGGCGUGUGUUGUGGAUGAAUGAGGCUGAAUGUGUGUCUGAACGGCUGUAGGAUGUCUAUGUCAGCAAUGGGUAUUUAUAAAAUCAGGACUUCAAGAGAUCAAUGUUUUCUAUUUAAAUACAAGAAUAUCAGUUCUGUCCAUCAGUUCAGCUCUGAAGUUGAGCUGGUUAAUUUGGAGAGUGUGAAACUCAAUCGAAUAGCUGAUUGUUUAAUCUAACUGUCAUAUUUCUUCCUGUUAAAUUUGCUGAUCACACCAGCAGGUUUAUAUAGAGCGCACAUCUACGACAAUAUGACUGUCCUUCCGUAACGGAUGCUGUUAAUGAGGGAUUGAUGGACAGAUAUGUGCUGAUUUGUCGAGUCCACAGGAAACGCUAGUGGAGGUGAAGUUAAUGUCUAACCCACCUUUACUCGUGAUUUGAGCUGGGUUAUUUUUUUAUUUAAACCAGUGUUAUGUGUUGCUGUUAUGGACGAUUGUGAUUUACUUGAAAGAAGCCAAGCUCUGAACGGAGGGCCUUUUCGGUUCAUUGGUCUCAUAACAGCACGAUGUAACACACAAAAGCCCAUCUGCUCUGUGCUGUUCGACACACGACUUUCUGGUUCAUUAAAGAAGAAGAAUCUGUAACCAUAGAAGCUCUGUACAAAGGCUGAUGUUUGUUGAAAAUGUUAAAUGUUUAAAAUGAUGAUUUAAUGGCUUAAAAAAAAUAUAAUAUUCCAAUGCAGUCUUUUAUAAUAAAAAUUUGUGUUUGAAUUCG